AUGUGCUCGUCGAUGAAUAUGACCGCUAGCCAGACGGGGCCCAAACGAAAAGUUAGUUUUUGUGAAAAUUCAUUGAAAAGUCGGAAAAAUCACCGAUUUGUGUGUAAAAGUGACAGAACACGUUGAAAAACGUUUGAGAACAUCAAAACCGCAGCAAGUACAGACAAAUUUGUGUGAAAAACGAAAAAUCGAUGUUUCUCCUUUUUUUCUGAAACAGCUCGAGCAAAGCAACAGUGUAAAAAUGCCGAAAAUUCAAAAAUUGUCAUUUUUCAGCUCUCUUUCAUAGUACGCGACGAGCAAGAGCCCUUCCACCGAUCCUCAGUGAGCUCCCUCCAAUUCGACCCCAUCCACAAUCGAUUAUUCACCGGCGGAAGUGACACGAUCAUCCGUACAUGGUCUGUUCCACAGCACAAGGUUCGUUUUUGAACUGUUCAAAAAAUUGCCUCGGAAUAUGGCAAUUUUUUAUUUUUAGGACGCAUUUUCGGCGCGUGGCGGUAUCCGAUCGCCCGGAAAAAUCUCGCCGGUCCAAUAUCAGAGUUCGAUGGAAUUGCACACGGAUUGGGUCAACGAUUUGAUCAUUUGCGCGCAAGGACGCAUUUGUAAACGAUUCCUGCCUAUAUUUCUGUGAAAAAACGAUUUUCAAUGUUUUCAGUAAUGUCCGCCUCGAAUGAUAUGACUGUAAAAGCGUGGAAUAUCGAACGAGACAACAAACACACACUUAUGACGGAUAUUCGACAUCAUAAGGUUUUUUUCAAAUAAAAAGUGAAAAAGCUGUAAAAUUUGAAAACAAUUAUGUUACAGGACUAUGUGAGCUGUCUCGGCUACGCGCCCGCAGUUGAAAGAGCCGUCAGUGCGGGAUUCGACCGCAAUGUGUUUGUAUACGAUAUUCAGACGAAUUAUAGACAAAGUGAGCAGAUUUCGCUGUCAAUUUUUCCCUAAUAAAGAAGCACGCAUAAUGGUUUGGGAAAGUAUUUUCAGCGAAUAUUCUAACCGGCUGCAAAAACAGCAUCUACUCACUCGCCACCACGCCCACUUGUGGAAUUGUUCUCGCCGGAGGAACCGAAAAGGUGCGCUUCCCCAAGUUUUCACUGAAAUUUGUGAUUUUCAUACGGAAAAUGCACUAUCAGAAAAACCAGGAGUGGGCAACAGGUCGGCCCACGCAUUUUGAAGCCGUGCCGAGGCCUGCACUUUUGACCCAUUUACAAUUGCCCGAUCGGGUCAAGACUUUGCAGGCUUCUAGGACUUGGAUUGAAGUAUACUGGGCCCGAGUUUCAGAUCGAUCGGAUCAUCCGGUCCAGAGAUAUGUGGAUCAUUGGCCGAAACCCCGAGAUCUUCGGGCCCUGAUCCACGUAUCUCGGGACCAGAUGAUCGGAUCGAUUUGAAACUCGGGCCCAAUGUUCUAAAAUCCAAGUCCUAGAAGCCUGCAAAGUUUGGGCGUGAUCGGAUAAUUAAAAGUUGGUCAAAAGCCCAGACUUUUGCCCACCCCUGAAUGCAUUUUAAAAUGAAUAAUUCAUUUUUCAGUGCAUCCGACUAUUCGACCCGCGAACUAACGAAAAAAUAAUGAAAUUGCGUGGUCACACUGACAACGUGCGUGCACUGGUGGUAAACGACGACGGAACUCGCGCCGUCUCGGCCGGAUCCGACGCGACGAUCCGAUUGUGGGACAUCGGGCAGCAGAGGUGCAUUGCUACGUGUAUUGCGCACGAGGAAGGCGUCUGGACCCUUCAGGUGGGCGUCAGAAUUUUUCUGCAAUUUGGCCGAUGUUUUAUUUUUUUUUUGCAGGUCGAUUCGACAUUCUCGACAGUGUACAGUUCGGGAAAAGACAAAAUGGUGAUUCGGACGCCGUUGUACGACUUCACAAAAAGUCAAUUGCUGUUCAAAGAGGAGGCGGCGGUCAAGAAAUUGUUGUUGAGCGAGCGGGAGAAUCCAGUCUCCGUGUGGGUCGGCACCUGGAAAUCUGACAUCAAACGGUACAUUUUUUGUUAAGUCACACCUUUUUUGUAGUAGGACGAUCUGAAAAAGUGUAAUUAUACUUACUUACUUGAUACUUGAUGUCCGUUGGUUCAAUUCUCUCCAUUUCGAUCGGCCCUUUCUUGCGGCAGUAGACUUUCUCUGUAAUCGCGCUCUGUCUGCAGUCUGGCCGAGUUUCAGUUGUUUCUCACUGAAACCGUGGCUUAACUUUUGAAACUCGGCCCAGAGAGGGCAAUUUUCACAAAAAUGUUUUUCCAGUUGGUCGAUCCGUCCGACGGCGCAAUUAUCGAUUGGCGGCGACGAAGAAGGACCGUCGACGUCUUCGGGCGCCCAUUGCAGUACUUCCACGUCAUCAUCGCCUCCAUCCACUUACAAACAUUCGGUUUUUCUAAAAGCCAAAGACCAGAAACCGCAACAAACCGCGCCGGAACUCGUUAUUCCUGGUAAGACUGUUUUUUUAUUUUAAACAACUUCAUUUUUAUUAUAUUCUAGGCCUUCCCUCGAUAAAAUUCGUGCACGUGCUCAACGAUAAACGCCACGUUCUGGCGAGAGAUUCCGAGGACGGAGUCGCACUUUACGACGUUUUGGCGGCCAAAAAAGUUGGAUUUCCGCGUUUUUUUAAACAACAAUUUAUUCAAUUUUUAGGUAAAAGACUAUGGAAGCGAGCGCUCAUUUGAGGAUGUUCUCGCGGAGAAUAACAAGAAAAUGUUUGUGCCCACCUGGUUCAAUUGCGACUUUAAAAGUGGUGUAAGUUUUCUGAAAAUGAACCCAAUUUUUUCGAAUUUAUCACACACCAGAUGCUGCAAAUAACGCUCGAAGAGCUGGACGUGUUCGCCGCGUGGCUCUCCUCAAAAGACGCCGGGUUCGAGGAUAACGACCGCGAGACGAAGGGUAUUUUCAGCCGAUUUCAGAUGUUCUCAUCGCCCGGAAAGCGUUCAUUGCAGUCAAUUACGGCGGAAUGAUGCUGAGAGCGUUGUUCGAACGGUGGCCGCACUGCGAUAUGGCGAACGUGGAGGGCGAGGGAAUGGACGACACAGCCAAGGCGACCGCACACUAUUCGCACCUUCCCGACCACACUCCCUUCAUCAUUUGGUCAGUUUUGAGCCAGACAUGGUGAAAAAUGAGCCAGAUUUCAAGACCAGAAUGCAAAAUAUUUGGGGGAGGAGGGUCGUAAGAGGAAUAGAGCCUCAGCGAAAGCCGUUGUACGCAUUUCAUUUGCUAAUAGAAAGUGUCGCGUUCUAGUCCAUUUUCUCGCUGGAGAAUGGCUCCACACUCCCCAGAUUCCUUCACUCGCCUCUUCAUUCGAUAUGAAACACGUUUGCACUCUGGGUGGCGCGUCCAUUCAGUUAACUUGCGUACAUCUCCUGUCCGUAACCACACGACAUUCUUGCUCCCCCUCCUCCUCCUCAUUCCUGAUCUUGUCCAGUCGUGUGACUCCCAACCAUGACAGUUUCCAUUCUUCUCUGGUAGUGAGCCACGUCCGGCUUGCUCUGCUCUUAAAUCAGGUAUCCAAAGAGUUCGGACGCGGGCGAACGUAGCCAUGAGACAAGGAAAUGCCUGUACUGGGUACCAUGAGACAGGAUCAAUAAAUUCUCCCUGUAAUAUGCAACAUACUUCUUGGUACCACGAGGCGGGACCAUCCAGUUCCAGGCCAUUUGGAUACCUGUUCUUCAAUCUUUAGCGCCCACGUUGUACUCAUAUUAGUUUGGCGACAAGUUAGUAUGAAGGAAACUUUUAGACGGCGGUAUAUUUGAACGUGUAGGUAAAGAAAAAUGGCAUUCUUUAGUUACGAUUUUGUGAUAAGUGCACAAAAUUGAAUCGUGCUUUCAGCAAGUCUAUCGCUGUAGAUUGAAAAAAAAGGUAUUUGCAGUGAAGGAAAUGGCCGGCCGCUGCUGCGAUUGGCGGUGUCCGACGCGAGCAAACCGGAAGAGGCGAGACAAUUGUCGCAAGUGGUGCCUCCGUGGGUGACGGACGUCGUCGAACGCAGACAAUUGCCCAAGUUCAGCAAAAUGCCGUUUUAUCUGCUGCCGCACCCGUCGAUGAGCGUCAAACAGCCCAAAAAGUGAGCCAGGGGGCGAUUUUUUGAUACUAUUGUUGUUUUCCCAAUCUAAUUGGUUCUUCUGUUGUUGAGUGACCUUUUUCGGAUGACCUAUGCGUAAAUUAACUUUUUAUUUGAGGGGGGUUUGAUACCUUGGCAUUUUUUCACUCAAAAAUAAAUUCAGAGACCGUUUGUCGGCGACGGAAAUGUUGCAAGUGAAAAAAGUGAUGGAGCACGUGUACGAGAAGAUUUUGAACGCUGCCGAACGUACGUUCUUUGCAUUUUUUCCAAAAAAUUUCAUUUUUUGAAGUUGCAGCUUCAACUGUCCCACUAAACCAAAUUCACACCAAAAUGGAAAUGUAUUGUAUGGAUCAGGUAAUGUUUGAAAUUUUUUGAAUAUCGAAAAACAGUGGUCGGUGCUCUGUAAUAAGCGAAAUUUGCAUUUGAACGGUGUUUAAAUGUAAACGGCGAGAGAGUGCGAUACCACGGUGAUUCUUUGCGCGGGCGCAGUGGAGAGAGGAAGAAAUUCCGGCCCUCGUCCCGUGAACAAUCGGCUGCUUAUUUCGCCGGCCGGCUACACGCUCCCCAAUCUCUUUUUCCACGCGCCAAACCUUCAGAUGCGUGCUGUUCGAAGAAUACUCAUUCGUUUCACUUGCUUUUUUGGGAAUAAGUUCAUUAUGAUUGAAACUCGCAAAAUUUUCAAGCUGUCACUGUCAAAAUAGUUGUUUUUUUCGAAAAAUGGCAGCUCAUGCGUCCCCUUUGUGUCUCUUUGUUAUUUUACAUCAUAACGAACUCAUUCCCAAAAAAUCAAGUGAAAUGAAUCGGUAUCCUUCCGACGGAACGUCUCGGAACGGCCAAGGAGAACGGUCGCUACAAAGCAGCCGAUGGUUCACGGGUUUGUGUCUGCGUAUCGCUAUAUCUAACACUCUUGCUUUUUGCAUAUUAACACUGUUGAAAUACAAACGAGAUUGCGAACUCAAUCUCACCCAGGCCUGUUGAAAAAAACCAAAUUUUUUUGCAGAAAUUGGAGCCCGACAUGGAUUUGCGAUCUGUGAAGCAUUUUAUCUGGAAACAAGGCGGCGAACUACUACUUCAUUAUAAACCAGUCAAAAAUUGA